CACCGGGUUGCCAAAUCUCCCACAAUGCAAUGUCAUUUUCACCUCAGCUCAGCUAAACUGAAUGACUUCAACACCUCUGACAGUGAAAAACUUCAAAUUUACCUCCUGGAUUCUUCUGAAAUCUCCGGUCUCCAUCCCUCCAGCCUGUGGCUGUGGGAUCAGGAUUACAACUAAAAAUGGAUCCAGGAUGUGGACAUCGCCUUCUCCGCCAAAUCAACAUUCAAAAUGAUAACUUGAGCCCUGUUAAAAUGACUCAGGCUCUGUAUUGUCGGACACCCAGCGGCUCCCCGUUAACCUCACCCAGUAAGCUUGGAGACAGAUUCAUUCCAACCAGAGCGGGGGCCAACUGGAGUAUCAACUUCCACAGGAUCAAUGAAAAUGAGAAGUCACCAAGUCAAAACAGAAAAACAAAAGAUGCUUCUUCUGAUAACAUCAAAGCAGAUGGGCUGGCCUACUCUGCUUUACUGAAGAAUGAGCUGCUGGGAGCAGGAAUAGAAAAGAUCCAGGACCCACAGACAGAAGACAGACGUCUACAGCCUUCGACCCCUGAGAAGAGGAGUCUCUUCACUUACUCACUUAAUACCAAAAGGUCAUCACCAGACGAUGGCACCAACAUCUCCCCGUACUCUCUAUCACCUGUCAGCAACAAAAGUCAGAAGUUGUUGCGUUCACCGAGAAAGCCAACCCGUAAAAUCUCCAAGAUCCCCUUUAAAGUCUUGGAUGCUCCAGAGCUGCAGGAUGACUUUUAUCUGAAUUUGGUGGACUGGUCAUCUCUGAAUGUGCUCAGUGUCGGCCUGGGCACGUGUGUUUACCUCUGGAGUGCCUGCACCAGCCAGGUAACAAGGCUGUGUGAUUUAUCAGUGGAGGGAGACUCAGUCACAUCAGUUGGGUGGUCUGAAAGGGGUAACCUGGUGGCAGUGGGGACUCACAAAGGCUAUGUUCAGAUCUGGGACGCCGGUGCUGGGAAGAAACUCUUUUCCCUGGAAGGACACACAGCCAGAGUUGGAGCACUAGCCUGGAAUGCAGACCAGUUGUCCUCAGGAAGCCGUGAUCGUAUGAUUCUUCAAAGAGAUGUACGGACUCCUCCGCUCCAGUCAGAGAGACGGCUACAGGGACACAGGCAGGAAGUGUGCGGCUUGAAGUGGAGCACUGACCAUCAGCUGCUCGCCUCUGGUGGAAACGACAACAAGCUGCUGGUGUGGAACCACUCCUCACUGAACCCAGUGCAAAUAUACAUGGAUCACCUGGCUGCAGUGAAAGCCAUUGCCUGGUCUCCCCACCAGCACGGCCUGCUGGCCUCUGGGGGCGGCACUGCCGACCGCUGUAUUCGAUUUUGGAACACCCUGACGUCUCAGCCACUGCAGUGUAUGGACACCGGCUCACAGGUCUGCAACCUGGCCUGGUCCAAGCAUGCUAAUGAGCUGGUGAGCACCCAUGGCUACUCUCAGAACCAGAUCUUGGUGUGGAAAUAUCCAGCGCUCACUCAAGUGGCCAAACUCACAGGACACUCGUACAGAGUGCUCUACCUGGCCAUGUCCCCGGACGGUGAGGCGAUAGUCACAGGAGCUGGAGAUGAGACGCUCCGCUUCUGGAAUGUAUUCAGUAAAACAAGGUCGACAAAGGAAUCCGUAUCAGUUCUAAAUCUCUUUACCAGGAUACGGUGACUUUGAAAAGAUAAAAUAAGAACUCUAUUGACUGAUGAGCGUGACCACUGGACAGCUCAUCAACAUGGUGCUAAGGACAGACAGUACAAUCUAAGGCGUCUCGUGACAGUUUUUCACAGAGGAAAUGGCAGCGAGAACUACUAACAAGUUUUUUUUUUUUUCAUGCAAACUAUUUUUGGGAGGGAAUUCUUUUGACUUGUGUGCUUUCGUUAUGAAUGUUUGGGCUUUUUUUACUUUUUAAAAAAUAUAUAAGUGGGUUGAUUUCCAUUUGUUUUGCAUUUUUUGUAUUCACAACAAGAAAUCAUAAGCCUUACUUUAAGAUGUAUUACCAUUUUUACUGUUGUGGAGAGAUCAUUUUAGUUUUUGUUUAACUCAGGUCUAAUUUAUUUAACGCACUUGUAAUAUGAUAAAACAUUGAAAGAGUUGUCUUUCAUGGACAUCUCUAGAUUGUUUAGAGAAAAAUGCCAUUACAUAUGAUUAUUAAAACAAUCACCUACUAAGGCCUUUACAAUAUGUACUCCAUGUUUACUAAGAUACUUAAAAACUAAGGCUGAAGAGUGGUAGGCUGAAAUGAUGCAGUAUGUUUUUCUCCUGAGGACAGAAAGUCUAAUGCUGUGCAUCUAGACAUCUACUACAUGGUUGAUUCUUUGUAGUAAAGGGAGAAAUAAAAGAUGUUGGCGGUGA